AUGCAGAAGGGCCUGAUGCGGGAGCUGGCGAGCGGGUUCCGCCUUCUCAUGGACCCGGCCUACGGGCUCAUCACCUUCGACAGCCUCCCCUGCAGCGCGGCGCUGCUGGGCCUGGGCGACAUGUUCGACGACUACCUCCGCAGGAUGCUCGCCGAGGGGGGCUUCGACGAAGACGACGCGCUCAGCGAGAUGGAGUUCUGCGUGCUCAUGCACCGGCUCUGCCUCGAGCUCAUGGAGGACCGUGUGGCGGAGGCGCGGGAUCUGGUUGGACAGCGCGGCGGGCCGUGCGUUGAAUGGAGGAAGAAGACGAUGAGGUGGAAGAAGAUGCACCGGUCCACUGGUCAUAGAGAUAGAGGGAACUGCGCAUUGUGUACUGGGUUAAAGAAGGGACAUCAUAGUCUUUUCGCAUGCUCGAUUCAGGCUGGCGUGAUGAUUUGCGUGCCACAUCAGUGA